UGGCGAGAUCCUUCAAGCAUUUCCAUCCCUGCUGGAGAAGCAGCACCCGAGGGUUUUAACGAGACUGCGACGAGAGUGUAUUGUAAUUUCCUUGAUUUUCGUGUACCCACGCUUGGUUCUUUUUGUUUUGAAGGGCAUUUCAAAAGCGUUUGUCUUUAGGAGUCACUCUCCGCCCGUACCCUUUAACGACUCCCGAGUCCCACGUUAUGACCACCCCAGAGACAGCACAACCACAACCUCCCCUCCUUCAAUCCCGCCGUCACCGUCCCGCUGCAACAGCACCUUGUCCCUCAUGUGGUGUCACUCUUGAAUUUUCCCUACCGUCAUCAACUUCCCCUCGCCCUUCUCCCACUAGCUCUCCGACCUCUGACGGGUAUGCAUGGGACCAUUAUCGUGUGCAGUGUUUCUCGUGUUUGGAAGUGGGUAGAAUCCCGCUACGUGACGCUAAAAGGAAGGAUGAGCCACGGCUUAAUGGAGUAGGAGGAUCAAAUAGGGAGCAGAAAGAGGAGAAGCCGAAGGAGAAGGAAAGGGAAAGGGCUCAAGAACAGCAGCGACGAAAGGUGCCAGCCAAAUUUGGGGGGAAGAAAGGCUCAGAUGAACAUCCCAUCGAAAUGGAAUACUAUGACUUAUUGGGUGUGCAAGCGAGUGCGACGGCGGGGGAAAUCAAAAAAGCGUAUUACAUGAAGGCGAUGAAAUGCCAUCCGGACAAAAAUCCGGACGAUCCUGAUGCUGAGGAGAAGUUCAAAUUGAUCUCUGAAGCAUACCAAGUUCUUUCCGAUCCCCAACGCCGUUCAUUCUACAACCAGCAUGGCAAAUCCGCUUCCGGUAGUGAUACUCCAUUUGUAGAUCCUGAGGAAUUCUUCAAGCAGCAGUUUGGUGGUGACAAAUUUGUGGACAUUAUCGGGGAGAUCUCUAUUGCAAAAGACUUUGCGGAAGCCAUGUCUGGCCUUGGCGAUGGAGGAGGUGACGGGAAAAACAAUAAGGACCUGACCGUCGAAGAGAGGGUCGAGAUCCGAAAUAGACGAGUCGACAAGCUGGUUACCAGCUUGAAGAACAAAUUGGCGCUCUACGUCGAUGCGUUUCCAAUUGAAGUGUCCGCUGAUGCAGGGGCCGCAGAUGCAACCGGAGCCACAGCACCCCCGUCGCCAGACCGUGAGCGCUUAUCUGCGGAAGCGAUGGAGGCUUUCCGCACCAUGACAGCGUUGGAAGCUGAAACACUAAAAACCGAAUCAUAUGGUGUGGAGCUCUUACAUGCUGUUGGAUACACAUACCAGCUAAAGGCAUCACAAUGGCUGGCGAAGAUUGAUGCGGAAGAGGGACCUGUCUUCAAGCGGGCAUGGGGAUUCGGGAGUCGGAUGGCUGGCAUAAUGAGAGAAAAGGCGCAUAUCAUCGGGGAAACUGUCGGAACAUUCAAAACGGCUUUGGAUCUGCAAUCGAGCUUUGCCAAGCUUCAAGAAAUGGAGAAGAAAAAGGAUGAAAAGAAGAAUGGAACAGGCGCGGAGGGACAAGGCGCUACUGCCGACAAGCCACCCAAUCCUUCAUCUGAUGCAACAAAAGACGAUGUGGAGAUGACUGCCGAGGAGCGAGAAUUGCGCACCAAGUUGGAAUACGAGGCGGCUAGCAAAGGAUUAGAGGCUCUAUGGCGCGGUAGUAAAUUGGAGGUGGAGGCUGUGCUGAGGGAGGUCUGUGAUAAGGUUUUGGGAGAGGAGACGGAGACGACAAAGGAAGUGAGACGCAGAAGGGCCGAAGCGCUAAGGGCAUUGGGACAGGUAUAUGAGUCCGUUAAGGCGGAUCAACCUGGGGCGAGCGGAGCUACUGGGGCGUCAUCGGAGGCAUCACGAUGAAGUAUUUGAUAAUAUCGGGGCUUAUAUCGACGGGUCUUGCAACACACAUUGUAUCUAUGAGUAGUAGUCUUAUAUACAGAAUAAGUAUAAUGCUCUGCAGCCAA